AAUGUCACUGUGGUUUCAGAGCCCAAGCAUGAUGUGUGAGAGGGUUGCAUUUCUGAAGUAUUUCCUGCUCAGCCAUAGAGUGAAGUUAUGCAAGCCAGAGAGAGUCCAGAAAACAGCUGCAUCAAAUUCGCCGUAAGAUGAGAGAGGAGGGAAACGUGUCACCCGCCGGGCUUCGGGAGUUCCGCGGCCGCUGCAGUUGUUGACUGGCGCGCUCUUGGGAGGAGUGGCGGCCGGGGAGGGGACCCCGCGGGGGUGCCGAGCUGCAGCGGAGGGCGGAGGGAGCGCAGGGCUGAGCGCGGCGGGGAGAGCGCCCCCAGGUCGCCCACGGCUCCGGGUAUUGGCUAAAGGUCUGGUUUUAAGAAAGCCUGAGGGCCAGAAGGCAACACUGGGAGGAGGCCUGCUCGUGGCAGUCGGAACCUUCCGGUCCAGAGGAGAAGCUGUCCCCUUUACCUGGACUUAUGACCCGUGGCUUUGCUCCCAGCUUGCCCAUCGAGUUCCACAAGAUGGGCUCCUUCCGCAGGCCCAGACCUCGCUUCAUGAGCUCUCCGGUGCUCAGCGACCUGCCCCGAUUCCAAGCUACUAGGCAGGCCUUACAGCUGAGCUCCAACUCAGCCUGGAACAGUGUCCAGACGGCUGUGAUCAAUGUCUUCAAGGGGGGCGGCCUGCAAAGCAAUGAACUUUAUGGACUGAAUGAGAACAUCAGGCGGCUGCUGAAGAGUGAGCUUGGAUCAUUCAUCUCAGACUAUUUCCAGAACCAACUUCUUGCAAAAGGACUGUUGUUUGUGGAGGAGAAGAUUAAGCUGUGUGAAGGUGAAAAUCGCAUUGAGGUUCUGGCUGAAGUCUGGGACCACUUCUUCACUGAGACUCUCCCCACCCUGCAGGCAAUAUUUUAUCCAGUUCAGGGCCAGGAGCUGACCAUCCGCCAGAUCUCCCUGCUGGGCUUCCGUGACCUGGUCCUGCUGAAGGUGAAGCUGGGGGAUUUGCUGCUGCUGGCCCGGUCGCAGCCACCCUCAUCCAUUGUUCAGAUGCUGCUCAUCCUGCAGAGUGUUCACGAGCCCUCAGGCCCAAGUGAGAGUUAUUUGCAACUGGAGGAGCUGGUGAAGCAAGUGGUGUCUCCCUUUCUUGGCAUCAGUGACAACCGCAGCACCACGGGUCCCACAUACAUGCUAGCCAGGCGCCACUCCAGGGUCCGGCCCAAGGUGACUCUCCUGAGCUAUGGCUCCUCGGUGGCCUCCGCGGCAUUGAAUGAGAUGGCACUGACCCCGCUGACAGAGCAAGAGGGGGAGGCUUACCUGGAGAAGUGCGGCAGCGUCCGGAGGCACACAGUGGCCAAUGCCCACUCAGACAUCCAGCUGCUCGCCAUGGCAACCAUGAUGCACUCAGGCCUGGGGGAGGAGCCCAGUGAUGAGGACAAGUGUCUGCUGCUGCCACCCAGCUUCUCCCCACCUCACCGGCAGUGCACCAGCGAGCCCAACAUCACCGACAGCCCCGAUGAGCUGGAGGAAGGGGUCAGGGGCAACCAGGAGGACUCGGAGCUGAACUGUUCAUCCCUCAGCUGAGCUUCCACACUGAGUCCUGCCAGUUCCUGCCUAGCAACCAGCAUGAGGACCACUGGACCCUCACAGACCACCUCUGGGCAAUGCUGCCUUAUUUCUCUCUGGAGCCCAGCUGGUCUCAGUGCCCUGGAAGAAAUCCCUGUUGCACACCUCUCCAUUUCCAUGACAGUAGCCACCUCCUUGUAGCCACACAGACGCACUUGUCUAAUGUCCACUUUCUGACAUCCACCCUUGCCUACUUGGCCCCAGUGCCUUGUCUCCUGCCUCAUUCUUGCAGGAACCUGUCCCAGGGCCACUGGCACUGCUGUGUGCAAAGCCUUCAAGGAGUUGGCUGCAAAGUUCCUAAGAUGAGAGACUUGUAGGUAGAAAGGGAUAGUGAAGAGUGUCCCACCUCCCCAAACCUAUGCAGACUGGAAGCACACAGUAGCCUUGCCCAGCAAGGUGCUAGGAAUGCACCUUCCUAAUUUCUAUUUCAGAAUCAGUGGGGAGGAGCAGCCCUUCUGCUGGGUGAGGGUCUCUCCAGCUCAUACAUGCCACAUCCUCAAAAGCUUUUAGCUCAUAGUAGAGGAGAAACCCCAUCUUCCACUAAGCCUCUGUGUUUCCCUUGCAGGCUUCCUCCCCAACAUAGGGAACUAGCCUCCCCAGUGGAGUAGCUGGUGCCUUCAUCAGCACCUCCUCAUUUCAGACAGGGACCAUUUUCCUAUUAUGGGUGAGAAGCCAACUGAUACCACCCAACUAGUCUGUUCCUGGGUUUGACUUGAAUUUUUUAAAUAUGUGUCAUUUCAAAAAAAAAAAAUAGGGUAUGCAAAUCUUUGCACGUAGGAUUUUGCACUGUUCAUUUCCAAUGGGUGUGUCUCUUCAAACUGAAAAAUAAGUGACAUCCCCCCUCAUUCCCCUGAAAGGAGAUGAGAAAUAGCUCAGGGUGAAAGUGAUUGUGGUGGGGAGUAGCUGGACUUAAAUCCAGAAUGGCCUGAUUGUAUCAUGAUGGUCUAUGGGUAGUGCAGCACUGAGGACUGAGGUAGGGAGACUCACUUGUCAGCUGAGCAGUCCAGUCAUACUCUACUGGGGCAUGGACUGGGAGAACGAGGGCAGGACCUUCUGGAGAGAUAUUUAUUCCCUGUGGUUAAAGAAGUGUCCAGAAGUGCCUAGAAUUUUCUAACGUGAGGUCUCAAAGCUAUUUGGGACAGCAGGUUAUGGUAAUGUCCUGUGUUCUUAACACUGUUCUCUCCAGAUCUGGGCUUUUGACCAACCUAAGACCCCUGUUCUUUCUUUGUAAUGACCUUUUGACCUCACUAAUAAUUCCAGGGGGAAAGAGAGAGAGAGAAGAUUCCCCUAGAUCUUCUGACACCAUCUAGUAUCCUGCUAGUAUAAAGAAACUGAAAGGUCAGAGCUGUGAGCCAGCGGAGCUUCCAGUAUGGCAGAAAGGCAUUAACAGAGAUGAGUCUGAGGACAGUUGGAACUGCCCAGGGGUGGAGUGGGGACAUGGGGGAAUGAUCUUAAAAGCUCCUGGAAGCUUUGGUAGUAUUUUCCUUUUGGGUGAAGAUCUGAAAUAAUUCACUCAAGAGUUGUGCGGUUGAUGGUUCGUUAUUUGGAAACUGUUUUAAAUGUUUUCAUGUCCAUCCUUCUAGAGAGUGAAGAAGAGAAAUGCCCCCAAAUAGAUUGGAGAUGUUUUUUUUUAAUUAUGUAUGUGCUGAUUAAAGUCUACAAAUUAACAAGCAUUAGCAGAUAGAACAUCAGUAGAUAACACAAUUACUUGACUGAUCGCUUCUGUCCUUAUUAGUGCACUUAACAUGUGGGACUGGUGUUUACUGACCCAGGCAGAAUAACUAGUCAUGCUUGGGUUUACUUACAAUAUUCGUGAUGCUUACAUCUUAAAAAGCAUUUUCCGUAUGCUACCUGCCCUUGGUUAGGACAACAGUCAUCCAUUAAUAUGUCAGCUCGUAGGCUGAAAAUGGAAACUUGGUACAGUCCCAGUGCACUUGACUGCUGAUGGCUUGUUUGCAUCUUCACCUUUGUACACACCUGGCAUUUGUAUAGUAAAUAUUUCAGACUAUACAUAAAAGUUUAUACUAAUGUUUAUGGGCAUUUUAGCCAUCAGUGCUAUUGCAACAGUGAUAGCUGUAGCAUUUUAAGCUCCUUCCUUCCCCUGGUGGAGAUGAAGAUUCAUUUUUGUUACAACAACAAAGCAAAGAUCUUCUUGUGGCUGAGGUUUAAUGGCAGGAAGCGACCACUACUCUGAACUCAGAGUGAGCUCACAACCAAAAAGACCUUUCCUGUUACUGGUUUCGGAUUUAAUAAACAUCAUUUUGUACAUGU